AUGGAGCCCCUUGCUACUCAGAAUACUCUCAUCAACGGGAAUCGCAUCGCCUAUGGCAUAUUCGGAGACGGCGAACCGAUUGUCUUACUUCAUGGUACGCCCUUUUCUUCACUCGUCUGGCGUGACAUUGUCCCCAAUCUAGUGAAAGCUGGCUACAAAGUCCACCUCUUUGACCUUCUCGGAUACGGACUAUCCGAGCGUCCCUGGAAUCAAUCAACCGACACAUCUCCAACAGCGCAAGUUCCGAUCUUCGAGGGUCUUCUUUCUUUCUGGAAUAUAGACAAGACACAUAUCCUGGCGCACGAUUUUGGCGGCGCCAUUGCACAGCGCUUUAGUAUUCGUUCACCAGAGCGUGUUAAGUCUUUGACACUUAUCGACACGGUCUCUUUUGACAGUUAUCCGUCCCCGAGAACAAAGCAAUUGAUGGAGAAUGGUCUUGAGAACAUGAUAACCGCUUCAGAUGGGGACCAUCGGGCCCAUUUUAGAGAAUGGCUUUUGUCCGGGGUAUAUGAGAAAAAGAAGUUCGAGAAUGAGGGCACUUUGGACACUUUCCUUGAAUAUAUCUCUGGCCCCAUCGGACAGGGCAGUUAUUUCCAGCAUCAAAUUCGACACUAUGAUCCGAAGCAUACGAUGGAGAUCGCUGAUCAACUUCCGACUCUGGGUCAAUUGCCGGUUCACCUAAUUUGGGGCAAGGAUGAUGCUUGGCAGGUUGUUGAUUGGGCGUAUAAAUUGAACGAGACGAUUCCUGGAUCGAAGCUUGAUGUUGUGGACGGUGCGGGGCAUUUCUCGCAGCAUGAUAAGCCGGAAGAAAUUUCUGGACUUAUAAUUGAUUUUCUUAGGCAGAAUUAA